AUGGACCUCCUUUAUUGCGUAGCACGAGGAGGAGUCAGUUGUCCGGUAUAUUUUCAUUUAGGAACUUGAGAAAAUUCACAGGCUAAGUCCAGAAGGACCUAAAAAGUUUUUUUCAGAGAACCUUUAUUGGAGAAAAAAAAACUGGAAAAAAGGGGAGAAAAGGAGGUUCAGAAAACUUUUAACACCUUUUUAGGAACUCAAAAAAGAGCUUCAGAUUAUUCUUUUUGAGGUCGUUUGGACAUCGACCGUUUUCUAGAAUGAGAAGAAUUGAUUAUAACACUUAAUUUGAUCAUUGAGACGUCAAAAAUGCUCUGAGGACAUCAAAAACACCAUUGUGACACCAAAAAUAAACUAUCACGAUUGUCUUACAAAGAUUGCCGAAAAAAGGCACAACCACAGUAGCGGGCACGGAUCUCCUUAAAGCAACGUCGUUUAAGUACCGUGGCUCGAAGAUCGCCCAAGACGGCUCAAUUUUAAAUGAUGUUUCCGCACGCAUACAAGGUGCCUGGAUAAAAUGGAGAUCCACGACUGCCGUGAUGUGUGACCGACGGAUGAGCGACCGACUCAAAUCGAAGAUAUACCGCACAGUGAUCCGACCAGUAGCGAUGUACGGGACCGAAUGCUGGCCGGCGACAGAGAAGGACGAAGUAAAAAUGGCAGUCAUGGAAACAAAGAUGGACCGCCGGAGUCACGAGACUGGACCACGUGAGGAACGAGAACAUACGAAAUCGUUUCAGAGUGGCGCCGAUUCGCGAAAAGCUACGUGAGAAUCGCCUGAGAUGGUAUGGGCACGUCCUAAGACGUCCAUAGCAAAAACAAGUUACCCGUUGGAAGUCGAUGGUAAAAGGCCUAGAGGCCGACCAAAAAGAAGGUGGAUGGACACGCUUAACGAAGAUCUGAAAGCGACGAUACUCCACCCAGACCAAGCAGCCGACAGAACAAAAUGGCGACAACGUUCCAGAAAAGCGGACCCCGCAACCGAGCCGGACAGACGGUGAAGAAGAAGAAGAAGAUUUACUCACAAAGAUUCUUCUGA